AUGAGUGAAGAAGACGUCAGAAGGGAUUUGGGCCAGCUCUUUAUCGUUGGGUUCGACGGCUUGACAGUGAAUGAAGAUAUCAAGUCUCUCAUCCGAGCUCCAUUUUACAUCGGAAACAUUAUCCUCUUCCAGCGUAAUGUUGGUGAUGCGGAGCAGUUGAUUGCUCUUACAAACGAGCUCCAGCAGACCGCUCGAGAUGCAGGCCAUUCCCGGCCCCUUUUCAUUGCGAUAGACCAGGAGAAUGGCCGGGUUUGCCAGAUCAGAGCCCCUGUUGCUGCUCAGCUUCCAGGUUCUAUGGCUCUGGGGGCAACGGGCUCUCCCGAAGAUGCCACUUUGAUUGCUAGAGCUACGGGUGAAUUACUUGAUGCACUCGGUAUCAACAUGAACUAUGCUCCUGUCUGCGAUGUUAAUUCGGAGCCAUCCAACCCGGUAAUUGGGGUAAGGUCGCCAGGAGAUAAUGGAAUAAACGUCGGACGAAUUGCUUCAGCUUUUGCUCAAGGACUGCGUGAGAAAAAAGUUGUUCCAUGUGUGAAGCAUUUCCCCGGUCACGGUGACACGAAAGUCGACUCUCACUUUGGGCUUCCCGUUGUGGACAAAUCCCGCGAAGAGCUGGAAGCUUGCGAGCUGAUCCCAUUCCGGAGAGCAGCUGCAGAAAAAGUCGAAUCUGUGAUGACAUCCCACAUUGUACUGCCUGCACUUGAAGGGUCGAGUCUCCCCAUGACUCUCAGUAAAAGCUGCGUGGGAUUUCUCCGAGAAACGCUCCAGUAUGAUGGCCUCUUGGUCUCUGACUGCCUGGAAAUGGACGCAAUUCGUGCGCAUUACGGCACCGAGAAGGGUGCUGCAAUGGCAAUUGCCGCAGGCGUAGAUUGUGCAAUGGUUUGCCAUACUCUAAAGGCACAGGUUGGAGCUUACAAUGAGGUGUAUGGAGCGUUUAAAAGCGGAACGAUCACGCACGACGGUGUCUCCAAAUCAGUUGCGAGAGUAACAAAGUUGAAAGACAAGUUUGUCAGCUGGGAGUCGGUCUUUGCCAGGCGUAAACCUGAAUUGCUUCCGCAACUCCGGGUUGACCAUGAGAAAUUGGCAGCGCAAACCUAUGCUCGAAGCGCAACUCUCGUGAGAGAUUUCCAGAAUGCUCUUCCCAUAACACCGGAUCAGAAAGUAGCAUAUGUAUACUCGGUUGUUGCAGGAGAGAUUAGCAAAGCUCUCCCUACGGUUCCAUAUAUGCCACUGAAAUUCGCUGAAAUGAUCAAGGAGCACCAUCCGAAUAUGAUUGAAUGUCCGAUUCCUGAGCAUAGUUCAAUUCAAAAUGAUGAAGAGACCCAGGCAAAGAUAUCCCAAGCAGAUGCAGUUAUUCUUGUAACAGAAAACGCAAAACUUUCCAAAGACAAAGAGAAAUUGGUCGGAGUUAUGAAGGGGCUAUCCAAGGUCGUUUCAAUUGCCAUAUGCGGGCCAUACGACUUUCUAGAUGAUACAGAGAACAUCAAGACUUACAUCACUAUAUAUGAGCCAACCAUUGAGGCAUUCUUACCAGCAGUUAAGAUAAUAUUUGGGCAGAUGGAGCCAAGAGGCAAACUGCCUGUAUCGACUAAACCGCCAUCAAUACCAAUUGAGCCUCUCAACGCAGAUAGAGACCUUUCCAGGGUGAUUGAACUCUGGCAUAAACUCCUACCACGAUAUGCCGUGCCGCCCAAAACGCUUUCCCAUGUCCUCACUCGGCCUAAUGGAAACCACUUUGUUUCACGUUUCAAUGAUAAAGUGGUAGGAUUCGUGGCUACAUAUGCAAAUGAAGACCGGCCAACGACAUUCAUCCCUGUAAUCGUUGUUGACUCUGUCUAUCAAGGUAAAGGUAUAGGAACGGCUCUGCUUGAACAUGCCCGACAGUAUCUCCGAAGGAACUAUCCAGCUGUGUCGGUGACAAUUGGCUCUAGCUUUCCUCGGUUCUGGCCGGGCGUUCCAAUGGAUAUCUCCAAAGAAGCCCAGGACUUCUUUAUACACCGUGGAUUCUGUCCUGCCUCAGGCCCAUCAGCAAGGGACUAUACCGCUGACCUACACGUCUUUGAGGCCCAAAAAGGAGUUCUUGAGCGUGCAGAAACAGCAGGGUUCACUUUUGCUCCCUGGAAAAAGGAGCAGUAUGAAGAAUGCAUGCAGAAGCAACGUAAGUUGUUUGGUAAAGACAGCGUGUGGAUGGGCGCCUACGAAGUAUUGGCGCAAACAGGUCGCUACAACCAAGUUAUGGUGGCAACCGACUCAUCGACCGGGGAACAGGUUGGGUGGACAUUAAUGCAGGAACUAGGUAUCGGUAUGACACAGGAACUUGCCAUGCAGCCUCUUGUGGGUAACAAGUCCGGUCAAAUUGGCUGUGUAGGCGUCACUCCCCAAGCAAGGAAUAAGGGAGUAGGCCUUGCCUUAAUCACCCAUGCUGCACUCGACUUGAAGAGACGAGGAAUGGAGCAUGUUUUUAUUGACUGGUCUAACCAUGUCAACUGGUAUGAGCGUGCUGGCUUCAAGGUAUGGGGAGAAUAUCGUACCAUGGUAUUGCAUGAGCUGCCCAAGCUGUAG